GCGGCAGCCGGGGUUGGAUCCCAGGCGUGAGGAGGCGGCGGCGGCGGGAGGCAGCGGGCGGUGGGAGGCGGCCCAGGCUCGGCCCGAAGGGAUGGCGUUCCGGCAGGCGCUGAAGCUGGCGGCCUGCGGGCUGGCUGGGGGCUCUGCCGCCGUACUCUUCUCGGCCGUGGCCGUGGGGAAGCCGCGAGGGGCGGGCGCCUCGGACGCGGAGUCCCGGUGGGCCGGUCCGGAAGCCCCGAUGUGGGCGGAGCGGAUUCGCCCCGGGCCCACGAGCGGCGUGUGGGACAGCAACUGGGACAAGCGAGAACCACGAUCUCUGAUCAACCUGAGGAAAAGAAGCACCGAAACUGGUGAAGAUGAGAUAACGUCCAAACUAGAUAAUCUCCGAGCCAAAGCCACUCGCCAUAUCUUCCUGAUCAGGCAUUCCCAGUACAAUUCGGAGAGCUCCCUCGAUAAGGAUCGAACUCUGACUGAACUGGGUCGAGAACAGGCUGAACUGACUGGUUGCCGAUUGGCCAGCUUGGGCGUGAAGUUUGAUAAGAUCGUACACUCUUCCAUGACCCGAGCCAUAGAAACAACUGACAUCAUCUCCAAACACCUGCCAGGAGUCAACAGAAUCAGCACUGACCUGCUACGAGAGGGCGCUCCUAUUGAACCGGACCCUCCUGUAUCUGACUGGAAGCCAGAAGCCCGGCAGUAUUAUGAGGACGGAGCCCGCAUCGAGGCUGCAUUUCGGAACUUCAUCCAUCGCGCAGAUGCCAAGCAGGAGGAGGACAGCUACGAGAUCUUUGUGUGUCACGCCAAUGUCAUCCGCUACAUUGUCUGCAGAGCACUACAGUUCCCUCCCGAAGGCUGGCUGCGGAUGUCCCUUAAUAAUGGGAGCAUAACCCAUCUGGUGAUCCGUCCAAGUGGAAGGGUGGCACUAAGGACCCUGGGGGACAGUGGAUUCAUGCCCCCUGACAAAAUCACCCGCACUUGAACUCCUGCCUCUGCAGUCAUCAACUGUGUGUCCAUUCAUCCAGAUCUGUCUUUCUUUGUAAUGUUUGGCUAGAAUGCUGGGUUAUCAAAAGUAUUUGGAUUUCCCCUCCUGUUUUUUCUUUGCUGGCUAUACUUCUGUCCUGAAGAGAUGUUUGAUGGAAAACUGUGCAUAAAUGCUGCAUUUCUGUCAAAGACCUUUCUGGCCAGGGAGGAUGAAGACAACAUUGACAGAUAGAUGUCACGGUGUUCAGAAGGUUCUGGAUAUAGAGAAGUUGCCUCUCUUUGACCAAAGCUUUUGUGUGAUUUAAGGGAAUAAAGUAGUAGGAUAGGAGUUAAAAGUUAUAUAUUUUCUAUCCAUUUGGAUGUAGCAUGAUGUUAUGGGAUGUGCAAGUCACAUGAGAGAGUAAAUUUUCAUUAUGAGAAGAUAUCACCAACAGCUAAAUUUCCUGCCAUCUAUCAGUCUGUCCCUUGAAAAUAAGACUUCCUUCAGCCAGCAGUAUGCCAGCAGUGGUUACAGCUGUUUACAGUGGGACAGUCUGGUGUGAUCAAUCAUGCAGUUGAAGAAACAGUUCACGCUAGUUCAAGUGAUUCCUAGAUUGUUAAAACUUCUUUUUCAUUCUCCUAAAGACAGGUAUCUAAUUAAAGCUUUCUCACCAUUUUUCUAGACCCUCCCCACCUGGUUUUGAAAACCCACUUCUUACCCCAGUUAUAACUUACAAACACCCCCACCUCCGUUGCUGCUCAGAGAGGAUCUGAGCUGUCCUAAACCUGUGAGAUGACAUGCACCCCCUAGAAUGAGCCUUGGAGACAAGUGAGAAGUCUGCUAGUGCAGAGACCUUUGUCCAGCUGAGGAAAAGCCACCAUUGUGUCCUCAGACUGAACAGUGACAAGUGUUAACUAGGGGGUGCUAUGUUGAGAGUUGAAGGUCUGUUAAUGGCCUAAAUGAAAGCCUUUGCUUAACAUCUUAACUGGGGUGCCUCGGGUUGUUCCUAAUAUCUUCUGCAUACCAAUUAAGGAUUCAGCCACCAGUAACCCUUAAGUGCUUUAGGGUACUUAGACAACAAGUGUUCCAAAUACUCUCCAGCCAUGAAUGUCUUAAUUCAGGUACAACUAGGUGGUAGGAAAAUUACUGUGAAAAGGUGGUUAUGAGAUUUUACUGCAAUCAAUCAAUGCAAAGAAUUGGGACAACGUAUUGUUUUUGUCUAUCAACUUUUUUAACGUUUACACAAUAAAUUGUUUUAUUUUA